CCUGCAAUUAUGCUAAAGGAAAAUGGGUUUUAGACCAUAACCAGUCUUUAUAUUCUGGUUUCGGCUGUAAGCAAUGGCUCUCAUGGAUGUGGGCUUGCCGAUUGACGCGUCGUACAGAUUUUGCCUAUGAGAAGCUCCGGUGGCAACCAAAAGAUUGUGAACUGGAAAAUUUUGAAGGUUCCAAGUUCUUGAAAAGGAUGCAAAACAAAACUCUUGCUUUUGUCGGAGAUUCAUUGGGCAGGCAGCAGUUCCAAUCUUUAAUGUGCAUGAUCACUGGCGGUAAGGAGAGGGAUGAUAUCGUCGAUGUUGGUGAGGAGUAUGGAAUUGCUCAAGCCCAUGGUAAUGCCCGCACUCAGGGGCUUGCAUUACGGUUUUCUAGCACCAAUACCACCAUAAUCUACUACUGGUCAGCAAGCCUCUGCUACAUAGAGCCUAUGAACAAGACAAAUCAAGACACAGAUUAUGCGAUGCACCUUGAUCGACCUGAUGCAUUCUUAAGCCAAAAUAUCCACAAAAUUAAUGUCUUGGUUCUGAACACCGCACACCAUUGGAAUCGCGGAAAACUUAAAGCGAACCGUUGGAUAAUGCAUGUCGGUGGUGCACUAAACACGGACAAGAAUUUACAAGAAAUUUGGAAGGCUAGAAACCUGACAGUUCACACUGUCAUCAAUUGGGCGAACUCACAGUUUCCAAAGUAUCCAGACUUGAAAGUCUUUUACCGUAGCAUCUCACCUAGGCAUUUUGUUGGUGGCGAGUGGAACACAGGGGGUAGUUGUGACAAUACCACUCCGAUGUCAAUAGGCAAGGAAGUUGUAGAAGACGAGUCUAGUGAUCCUGUCGCCGCUUCCGCAGUCAAGGGAACAAGGGUAAAGCUCUUGGACAUAACGGGUCUCUCCAAGCUUAGGGACGAGGCUCAUAUAUCCCGAUUUCGAGGACCACCCAACUCCACGGCAUCGGAUUGUCUGCAUUGGUGUCUACCAGGU